GUCCUGUGGUCGCCCUGCGCCGCUGCCAGGAAGUUCAGGAACUCGGUCACCGCCCCAGCCCCCCUCCGCCUCAUCCAUUGUUGGGUAAUAGGCUGCGACAUCGAAACAGUCUUGACCGAAACUUUCCAGGUUACUAAAGGCUGGAGAUCCUUAGAAGCCGAUUUUUUUUUUUACUUUUCGAUAUAGAUAUAUCUCGAAGGGAACCAACUUUCGGGAACGCGGAGUCAGGAGGGAGCUGUGAACUGAGUCAGUGAGGGGAGGAAAACUUUCCAGGCAAGGAACUCCGUAAUUCUCAUUCCUCCAUUUUGAACUUUUAAACUCCAGUUUUUCUAGUGGACUUUUUUCGUUUUUUAAUGUUCAGAAUUCCAGACACCAUGACAACCAUCAGCACGGCUAACAUUAACUUCAAAUGGGACCCAAAGAGCCUGGAGAUCCGUACACUGGCUGUGGAGAGGCUGCUGGAGCCUCUCGUCACCCAGGUCACCACUUUGGUAAACUCCAGCAACAAAGGCCCAUCUAACAAGAAGAAGGGACGCUCCAAGAAGGCUCAUGUGUUGGCAGCAUCGGUGGAGACUGCUACCCAGAACUUCCUUGAGAAAGGGGAAAAGAUUGCAAAAGAAAGUCAGUUCCUUAAGGAUGAGCUGACUGCUGCUGUUGAAGAUGUCCGCAAGCAAGGUGACUCGAUGCGGCAGGCUUCCGGAGAAUUUGCAGAAGACCCCUGCUCAUCUGUGAAGAGGGGCAAUAUGGUCCGUGCCGCCAGAGCCCUCCUGUCAGCAGUCACACAUCUGUUGGUGCUGGCAGACAUGUCUGAUGUCUACAAACUUCUGCUGCAGCUCAAAUUGGUCGAGGACAAUCUGGUGAAAGUGCGUAAUGCAGGAACAGAACAGGACCUUGGGAUCCAAUAUAAGGCCUUGAAACCAGAGGUAGACAAGCUGAACAUCAUGGCUGCCAAGAGACAGCAGGAGCUAAAGGAUGUCCACCACAAGGACCAAAUGGCUGCUGCUCGCGGGGUGCUACAGAGGAACAUCCCGAUGCUGUACACAGCAUCCCGUGCCUGCCUGCAGCACCCUGACGUGGCAGCCUACAAGGCUAACCGUGACCUGAUCUACAAGCAGCUACAGCAUGCAGUCUCUGGCAUCUCCAACGCAGCCCAGGCCACUGCCACCGAGGACUCGGCACUCAGUCAGCCAGCAGGAGGCGGAGAGCUCGCCUAUGCCCUCAACAAUUUUGAUAAACAAAUCAUCGUGGACCCCCUAGCGUUUAGUGAGGAGCGCUUCCGUCCGUCCCUGGAGGAGCGCCUUGAGAGCAUCAUCAGUGGUGCUGCCCUCAUGGCCGACUCUUCUUGCACGCGUGAUGACCGCAGGGAGCGUAUUGUGGCUGAAUGCAAUUCUGUGCGCCAGGCUCUUCAGGACCUUCUUUCUGAAUAUAUGGGCAAUGCGGGAAGAAAGGACAGGAGUGAUGCUUUGAACACAGCAAUCGACAGGAUGACCAAGAAGACCAGGGACCUUCGCAGACAGCUGCGUAAAGCUGUAAUGGACCAUGUCUCUGACUCUUUCCUGGAGACCAAUGUUCCCCUCCUGGUCCUGAUUGAAGCUGCCAAGAAUGGCAAUGAGAAAGAAGUAAAGGAAUAUGCACAGGUGUUCCGUGAGCACGCCAACAAGCUGAUCGAGGUGGCUAACCUGGCAUGCUCCAUCUCCAACAAUGAAGAGGGUGUGAAGCUGGUCCGCAUGGCAGCAUCUCAACUGGAGAGUCUUUGCCCCCAGGUGAUUAAUGCAGCGUUAGCCCUUGCUGCCAAGCCCAACAGUAAGGUGGCCCAGGACAAUAUGGAUUUGUUCAAGGAGCAGUGGGAGAAGCAGGUCCGCGUCCUCACUGAUGCUGUUGACGACAUAACAUCCAUUGAUGACUUCCUUUGUGUGUCUGAGAACCACAUCCUGGAGGAUGUGAAUAAGUGUGUCAUAGCUCUUCAGGAGAAAGAUGUUGACGGUUUGGAUCGUACUGCUGGGGCAAUUCGAGGUCGUGCUGCCAGAGUCGUCCAUGUGGUCACUUCUGAAAUGGACAAUUACGAACCUGGAGUCUACACAGAGAAGGUCUUGGAGGCCACCAAGCUCCUCACUAACACAGUCAUGCCACGGUUCACAGAACAAGUAGAAUCUGCAGUGGAAGCUCUGAGUGCAAAUCCCACACUACCUGUGGAUGAGAAUGAGUUCAUUGAUGCAUCCCGUCUGGUAUAUGAUGGCAUCCGUGACAUCCGCAAGGCUGUCCUCAUGAUCAGAACUCCAGAGGAGCUGGACGACUCUGACUUUGAGACUGAGGACUUGUAUGAUGUUCGCAGCAGGACCAGCGUGCAGACAGAGGAUGACCAGCUUAUUGCUGGCCAGAGUGCACGGGCUAUCAUGGCCCAGUUGCCCCAGGAGCAGAAGGCGAAGAUUGCAGAACAGGUGGCUAGCUUCCAGGAAGAGAAGAGCAAGCUGGACGCAGAGGUCUCCAAGUGGGAUGACAGCGGCAAUGACAUCAUUGUGUUGGCAAAGCAGAUGUGCAUGAUCAUGAUGGAGAUGACAGACUUCACCAGGGGGAAAGGGCCACUGAAGAAUACAUCUGAUGUCAUCAGUGCUGCCAAGAAAAUUGCCGAAGCUGGAUCAAGAAUGGACAAGCUGGGCCGCACCAUCGCUGACAAUUGCCCCGACUCGACCUGUAAGCAGGACCUGCUCGCCUACCUUCAGCGUAUUGCCCUGUACUGCCACCAGCUUAACAUCUGCAGCAAAGUCAAGGCUGAGGUGCAGAACCUGGGGGGAGAGCUGGUUGUCUCUGGGUUGGACAGCGCCAUGUCUCUUAUUCAAGCAGCAAAGAACCUGAUGAACACAGUGGUGUCCACUGUCAAGGCCUCCUAUGUUGCAUCUACUAAGUACCAGAAGAACAAAGGCAUGGAGGCCCUCAACAUGCCAGCUAUCUCCUGGAGGAUGAAAGCUCCUGAGAAGAAGCCUCUGGUGAAGAGAGAGAAACAGGAUGACGGUCAAACCAACAGAGUCAAGAGAUCCUCUCAAAAGAAGCAUAUCAACCCUGUGCAGGCUCUGAGCGAGUUUAAAGCCAUGGAUAGCAUCUAGACUCCUCCUGUUGUCCAUUCAAGGGAACACAAAAAUAAUAUUGACCAAUGAGUUUAUAUAUAGAUGGAGCUUGUCAUUCUUUCAAAAAGAAAAUGUUUUAUCAUGUUUGUUCCACCUUUGCAUAGACGGCUCGUCUGUUUGAUCCAUUAUAUUCCUACACCGCUUCAUUUCUAUUCCAUAAGUUCACAUUUGCUAUAGUAUGUAGCAUUAACUGGGUCUUCUCUGGGAAAUGCAGCUCGAGGGAAAUCAACUGGACAAAUUCAUUUUUGUACAUUUCCCAUUUUUUUCUUUCCUGUUUAUGGGAAGAAAGGGAGUGGAUUUCAUAGAUAUUAAAGGAACUAAUUCCAGGAGGCUUGUGAUUAUUUAGUAUUCUAACCAGUUUUAUAAUAACACCAUGGGUUUUCUCAACUAUAAUGUUUGAUCAUGGCUAUAUACCUUCUGUACCGCAAAUAUCAACUAUGCAAAAUCUCAACUGCCUUGUUUUAACUUGGGCAAUAACUGCAGUUUAUUUGGAUGUGCUGGGCUAACUGGUAAGAUUUUAAAUAAGUUUGGGUUCAGCUAUAAUGAACCAAAGUCAAUAUAAUUCUAUGUGUGCCUGUAUUUUUAUAACUUUAUAAAUACUUAAAUAGCCACUAUAAACAGUUCAAAUAAGUUAAAGCUGACCCUAAACAUUGUUUUCUCUGCUAACUGUAUGUACCCCCUUGAACAUUUUGACUGGUAAAUGUCCCUUCUUUAAAAUGUAAACAUCUCAAGUUUUGUUUUCUUGAUUUUGUUUUUUUUUCAUGUUCACACAAUACAGCAAACCAAAAGUGACAGCAUUUUCCCAGCGUUCUGUUUUGCUGCAUCCCGGUACAUGUGCUUGAUCCUGCCACACAGAUCCACCCAGUUCAGUCAAACUUUGUAAAAAAGCCUCAGCUCCUCAGAGUCUGGGAGAACCCAGUGGGCUAAACAAUGAGUAGACCCUGCGUCGGUCCACUCUAAAGCCGACAAGCUUCAUUAACUGACAAUGAGACCAAACACCUCCACAAUAUAAGAAUGUGUCCAAAUUGAGGAAUCAAUAUGUUUCCUCUCCACAGCUUAGAGGUAGGAGGGGAUUUGAGCGACUUUAAAUUCUUGCUUAUUGUUUGUAUUACUUGUCCUGAAGCUUGAACACUAAUCACGAUUUGAUGUCAUGCACAGUCUUUAUAAGGAAGUUGGAACAAGUUGGUGUGGGAGCUUUAAAUUAAUCAGGAGAUGUAGCUGCUCUGUGGAGCCUUUUUCCCAGUCAUACAUAGUAUACUCCUGCAUAGUGGUGCAUUGGUGUACAGCGAGGCUUUGAAAUCCUGCUGCUUUGGUCUUGGGGCUGAAUUUUUGUCUUGAUAGUUUGACAUCUGUGAACUGCAGAAGGAUGGGCAUGUAUGGUUAUUUGACAGAUGGAUUCUUUUUUCUUUUCUUUUUUUUUCACUGUAGAAACCAAGCAUUUCCAGAGUGUUUUUCAAUGCGUUCUUCCUCACAGUUUGUCUCUUGCUGUAUUUGAGUUUGGAUUUCAAUCUUAAGUGAUAUCAAACUACUUUGCUGUGGAUUAUUUUUUUGUUAUUGAGAGCUGACUUAUUAAUGCACAUGUUUCUUGUAUUCAUGUGCCUGCUUUAUAUCUUAAUAAACAAUUGAAAUGAAA